GAUUCCUGGAGAAGCUGCAGUGUGGGGAUGCUCUAGACCGAGUCCUGCCCCCAGUGUCUCUCCACCGCCUUCUGCAGCGGCGGCAGCGCCCGCACUCCGCGACGGCAACUUGAGGCUGCACCCGGGGCAGCCCCAGGGCGGUGCUCCGCGGAGGGGCUCCGCGCCCCGAAGGGGUGUGUGCAGGGUGGGGGCGGCCAGCUGGGACCAGCUGGUGGCCCUGGAAAACCGCCCACACACCCACGCCCACACACCCCUUUUGUGUUGCAGGCUGCCCCUCCGAGAGCAGCGGCAGCGAGAGGACGCGUGUGCCUCGCACCGUCCGCGCGCGGAGAGCGGCGGGGACGGCGACCGUCUCCACCUCCUGCUCCUCCUUCCAGAAAAAAGAAUCUGAAAGAAAGAAAAAGAACAAAAUACCCCAGAAUACCUAACAGAACAUUGCACCUGAACCUAAAAUGGUGAGCGAGAGUCACCACGAGGCCCUGGCAGCCCCGCCAGCCACCACUGUUGCGACAGUUCUGCCAAGUAAUGCCACAGAGCCCGCCCGUCCUGGGGAAGGAAAGGAAGAUGCAUUUUCUAAGCUGAAGGAGAAGUUUAUGAAUGAGUUGCAUAAAAUUCCAUUGCCACCGUGGGCCUUAAUUGCCAUAGCCAUAGUCGCGGUCCUCUUAGUCCUGACCUGCUGCUUUUGUAUCUGCAAGAAAUGUUUGUUCAAAAAGAAAAACAAGAAGAAGGGAAAGGAAAAGGGAGGGAAGAAUGCUAUUAACAUGAAAGAUGUGAAAGACUUAGGGAAGACCAUGAAAGACCAGGCCCUGAAGGAUGACGAUGCUGAAACCGGACUGACUGAUGGGGAAGAAAAAGAAGAACCCAAAGAAGAGGAGAAACUGGGAAAACUCCAAUAUUCACUGGAUUAUGAUUUCCAGAAUAACCAGCUGCUGGUAGGGAUCAUCCAGGCUGCAGAGCUGCCCGCCCUGGAUAUGGGGGGCACAUCCGAUCCCUACGUGAAAGUGUUUCUGCUGCCCGACAAAAAGAAGAAAUUUGAGACGAAAGUCCACCGCAAGACCCUUAAUCCUGUCUUCAAUGAGCAAUUUACGUUCAAGGUGCCGUAUUCGGAAUUGGGCGGCAAGACACUUGUGAUGGCGGUGUAUGAUUUUGACCGUUUCUCCAAGCAUGACAUCAUUGGGGAAUUUAAAGUCCCCAUGAACACAGUGGAUUUCGGUCACGUAACGGAGGAGUGGCGUGAUCUGCAGAGUGCCGAGAAGGAAGAGGUAAGGAAAGCAUUAGUAUUUCCAGCACAAUUUAAUUUGUGUUUUGAUGAAAAUUCCCUUGAAUUCACAUACAAUCCAUUUCCCUACUUACAGGCCCUGAAGGAUGACGAUGCUGAAACCGGACUGACUGAUGGGGAAGAAAAAGAAGAACCCAAAGAAGAGGAGAAACUGGGAAAACUCCAAUAUUCACUGGAUUAUGAUUUCCAGAAUAACCAGCUGCUGGUAGGGAUCAUCCAGGCUGCAGAGCUGCCCGCCCUGGAUAUGGGGGGCACAUCCGAUCCCUACGUGAAAGUGUUUCUGCUGCCCGACAAAAAGAAGAAAUUUGAGACGAAAGUCCACCGCAAGACCCUUAAUCCUGUCUUCAAUGAGCAAUUUACGUUCAAGGUGCCGUAUUCGGAAUUGGGCGGCAAGACACUUGUGAUGGCGGUGUAUGAUUUUGACCGUUUCUCCAAGCAUGACAUCAUUGGGGAAUUUAAAGUCCCCAUGAACACAGUGGAUUUCGGUCACGUAACGGAGGAGUGGCGUGAUCUGCAGAGUGCCGAGAAGGAAGAGCAAGAGAAACUGGGGGACAUCUGCUUCUCACUUCGCUACGUACCUACUGCUGGCAAACUGACCGUCGUCAUCCUGGAGGCAAAGAACCUCAAGAAAAUGGAUGUGGGCGGCUUAUCUGAUCCUUAUGUGAAGAUCCAUCUGAUGCAGAACGGCAAGAGGCUAAAGAAGAAAAAGACAACAAUUAAAAAGAACACACUGAACCCCUACUACAACGAGUCAUUCAGCUUUGAAGUACCCUUCGAGCAAAUCCAGAAAGUGCAAGUGGUGGUGACUGUUUUGGACUAUGACAAGAUUGGCAAGAACGAUGCCAUCGGCAAAGUCUUUGUGGGCUACAACAGCACCGGGGCGGAGCUGCGGCACUGGUCGGACAUGCUGGCCAACCCCCGGCGACCCAUUGCCCAGUGGCACACCCUGCAGGUGGAGGAGGAAGUGGACGCCAUGCUGGCGGUCAAGAAGUAAAGGAAAGAAGCCUUUCUGCACUUGCCCACCUAGUGCUCUUUAGCCAGUGUCUGUAAAUACCUCAGUAAUAUGGGUCCUUUCAUUUUGCCAGCCAUGCGUUCCUAACACAAUUCAGUGGUACUUCAAAUCCUGUUUUAAUUUGCACAAAUUUAAAUGUAGAGAGCCUCUAAGCCCUUCAUCAUGCCACUGCCCUCCAGAUCUACUCUUCUUUUAAGCAAUAUGAUGUGUAGAUAGAGCAUGACUGAAAUUAUUUAUUGUAUCACACCAUUGUACAUACCAAUAUGCUAAAGAUUUAUUUCUAGUCUGUGUAUUUCUAUGUUGUGUUUCCAAAUCUGUGUAUAUCUAGAUGUUUUUAAUAAGAUGUUCUAUUUUAAAUUAUGUAAAUUGACUGAGAUAUAGGAGAGCUGAUAAUAUAUUAUAUGGUAAAUAUAGUAUCGUCUGCAUUCCAGCAAAACUAUCAACUUGUAAGGCACUAGUACAGUGAAACUGACAUCUUAAAGGACAACUUAAACCUGAACUUUCUAUUGAAUCAUUUGAGUACCAAGAUAUGCUUCCACCACAUAUUUGGUGGGUGAAUCCAAUUUUAUAGAAUUUCUUUACAGGCAAAUUAGCAUGAUCUAAGCAGCAUCCAGGCUGACCUCCAGGAAGAAUAGUCACAAGCCAGAAUAGCUGUACAUUUCAAGGGAGCCACUGAACAGGAGUUAAUGAUUUCCUAUUACUGCAUACUGAACAGCAAUAUGAUGGUGUUCAGUGUGUGUGUGUGUGUGUGUGUGUGUGUGUGUGUGUGUGUGUGUGUGUAUUUGCAUUUGUUUGGGGAUGGGGUGGGUGGGAAGAAGCUGAGGGGAGAAGUCAGCUUUUCUGAAAUAUUGCCUGACUAUUUAAAAAUAAAAAAGUAGCUCUCCGUUAUCACCUUUAUACAAAAUGUGCAUCCUAUGAAUUCUGUUCCAGAAUUACGGUAAUUCCAAAAGGUUUGCACAGUAGACUUUGUAACAAAAUAUUUUAUUAUACAAAACCAGAUUAGAAGGAAUGCAGAAUAUUUUUAACACAGUAAUCUGUGCUUAUUACACAAAAUUACUUUGUGGUGGACAGACAGUAUUGUAAUCCCAUCAAAAGAUGAAAAAAUAAACAAUUAGCCAUAGUUCUGAAUGCACUUCAAUUAAGCCAAAACAGACAGCUAGUGAUCUUUUUAUAUGCUCUUUUUACUUAAAUAAGUUUUAAUUUGUCCUUUAAAAAAAACGGUGAAACAAAACCAAGAACAAGUUCUAGAAAACUGAAGCAACCUCUUACGUAUACUAGAUGCUUGAUUUAGGAGAAAUUUUUCAAUGUUUUCAAUGUUAUUAUGUAGCAAAUGGCACUAUUAUGAAGCUACUAGUCAUUCCAUAAGAGUCUUAAAGGACUGCUCUGUGUGACACUGUGACGCCGUGUGUGCUUAGACACCUAGUUUCCUCAGUGGAUAGCACUCGAUUUAUUCCGUAGUGAUAUUGUAACAAUACUGCCAUUCCCUUCUACUGCACUGCCCAAAAUGUGUGUAGCACAAACAGUUCUCAUUACAAAGGACCAACCCAGAACUGGAAAGCUAUGCAUAGGACAAGAAAGAUACACAGAAUGGGGUGGAACACACAGCAUUUUGUUAAGCACUGUGCAAUAUUCCGUAUCUUUCCCCACUACGGUAGACAACCACUUGUAGACAGGCAGCCUAUUCGCACACUGUAGCAGGUCUCUUCUGUCACUCAUUUCUGUGACCCAUUUCAAUGCUGAGGCCACAGAUAGUAGUGCUAUUUGGAAGUGAAAGUCUAUCUUCACAACCACCACAACACAACGGAGGAAAACGAAGCAUUGGCCUCAUGUUCAGACUUUAGGAUGGCACGCCACGUUUUUUUUUAAACCUCAGAGAACUCAAAAAGGGCUGAUGGAGGCUUGGAACAUGGGGUUGGGUGUUUCCUGAUAAAACAAGCAUUCCUGUCAUUAUUCUUUCCUCAGCAAAGAAGAGGCAAGCCCUUUGGCCUUUAACCCUGUCACAGUGAACUCUUUACAACUGGGACAGACAUGAAGGUCAAAAAGAGAGCAGCAUCUUCUCUUCUUAGGACAGUUCACGCUUUUUUAAAAACAUAGAUAAUAGAAAUUCCACAAGUCAUGAUGUGAGAUUAAGCAUCAGUUUAAACAAAGAGUCAAAUGAGAAUAUUUCCAAAUUAAAGGACCAAACCCUACCCAAGGGAGGGAGGUGAUUGACUUUUUUAAAUUCCUUAAAUACCAGAAACUGGCAUUUAAUUUCACUGUAUUCAGCUUUAAGUUGUUCACACUGAAACACUUUAAAACAAGCAGGUUCAAGCUGCCGGAUGCACAUUAUUUUUGCAUUAAAUUACUACUAAUGCUCAUCUUCUUGCAACACUGCCAGGCAUGGGAUUGUCACCACAGAAUUAGUUGGUACUAUGCCAUCUUUCACAAGUCAGUGACUGAACCUGCUUUAAGACCAUGAUAAGCGACGUGUACCUUUCUGACAAAGCUGUGUAAACUAUUAGAACCUGAUGCUCUAGAAAGAUCCUAGUUGCCUUUGUGUAUAUUUACUGCCUGCCUGAGUGUUUCUAUGUGUGGGUUUUCUCUGUACCUUGUAGAAAUGUUGGGGUGUUUUCUUCUGCCAUAUGGUUCGUGGCCCGCGAGCCAAUUCCUUUAGCUGUACUUUGCCUUCAUUUUUGAUGAGGUGGUUUAAAUUUUGUUUCACUUUGUGUAGUGAAUUCCAUAGUAGUUUUCUGAUUGUUGUUAAAAAUGACUUAACAUAUUACCCAGAUAUUCAAUAAAAUGUUUUAUUUCCUGUU